UCUGUAGCUGCUUCUAUUGAGAGUGUUGACAAGUCUCACUGCAUCUAAUUUUCCCUGCGUUGGAAUGGUGUGUGAUACUAUAUGAAGGAUUAAGGACAAUCAGGCUGGUCAGAGUAUGAACUAAGCUUAAUCUGUCACUUCUGUUUUCUGCAACUUACAGCAUGACAUUUUACUCCCUGUAAAUGCCACUGUGAAUCACACACUAACUUUCUUUCCUUCUUAGUAGACACCAUGGGCUGCGGGGUAACCAAAGGAGGUCAAUUCCAUAAAACACAUGACAAAGAUGGUAAUGUCAUCUUUGUUAGGAUCUCAGCUAUAAAGGCUGCAGUUUUGAUCCAGCGCUGGUAUCGUCAGUAUGUGAGCCGCAUGGAGAUGAGGCGCAGAUACACCUGGAACAUCUUCCAGUCCAUAGAGUACACUGGGCUACAAGACCAAAUAAAACUGUAUAAUUUUCUUGGUUAUCUCAUGGACAACUUCACACCUUCUAGCAAUGAAAGAAAAUUGAUCUCCCACAUCUUCAGAGAUAAUGAAAUAUGUCGGGAUGCUGAGUGGGAGAGAUACUUCAGUUACUCCAAUAUCGACGUUCCAGAAAUCUAUUCGGGCCCAAGGCUAACCUUCCCUCUGGAUGCAAAUCAAGCCGCUGAUCUUGUUGAGGCUUUUAAAAACAAACAACAGCUCCACUCUCGAUAUGUUCUCCAACUCCUCCUUGAAACCUGGAAGCUGCUCAAAGGUUUGCCAAAUAUCAACCGAAUCUCUACCUGCCAUAGCAAAGAAAUCACAAUAUGUGGGGACUUGCACGGACAGUUGGAGGAUUUACUCCUAAUAUUUUACAAAAAUGGGAUGCCAUCGAUGGAGAAGCCUUAUGUCUUCAAUGGAGACUUUGUGGACCGAGGCAAGGACUCAAUAGAGAUUUUGCUUAUUUUAUUUGUUUUCUUGUUGGUCUAUCCUGGAGAGGUUUACCUCAAUCGAGGAAAUCAUGAGGAUCACAUCAUAAACUUGAGGUACGGGUUCACCAAGGAAGUGUUGGGCAAAUACAAGAUGCACGGUAAACAAAUUCUAAAGCUGCUGCAGAAAAUAUUCAGCUGGUUGCCCCUGGCAACAGUGAUUGACCAGAAGGUGCUGAUCGUCCAUGGUGGGAUCUCAGACAGCACAGAUCUGGCACUGGUGGCCCGAAUGCACAGACAUAAAUAUGUCUCUGCCUUGAGGCCUCCAAAGAAGAAGAGCACAGUAUCUAUGCGUUCUUCAGUCUCAAAGAUGGAAGAUGAAUCUCUGAACUCUAAGCAUAGUAUUCUGAGCAGGAGAGCCACUUUCACCAAUUACAGGCCGUUACCCUCCCGGGAAACUUUUCAGUGCCGUUCUUUGCAGGAUUUCUCAACUACAGUGGCUAGGACCAUGGAGGAAGAACUCAAGAUUCAACAAAAGCAGACCAGCAUAGCGCAGCCUGGGAGCAGCCUGACCUAUAAACACUGUAGCAUAUCCACAUCAUCAGAAUCAGCCAGAGAAUCCAUCAACACCCGAGACGACGUCAACAAUGAGUGGAAAGAGAUCCUGGACUUGCUGUGGAGUGACCCCAUGACAGAAGAUGGCUGCAUCCCAAAUGAAGUUCGGGGUGGAGGCUGUUACUGGGGCCCCAGUGUGACUGAGGAUUUUUUAAACAAACACAACCUGCAGCUCAUCAUCCGCUCCCAUGAAUGCAAGCAAGAUGGAUAUGAGUUCUGCCACAACCGCAAGGUCCUUACAAUUUUUUCAGCCUCUAACUACUAUGAAGUGGGCAGUAACAGGGGAGCAGUGGUCAGGUUAGGUCCAGAUCUAGUGCCUUAUUUUAUUCAGUACCAGACCAACAGUAAGACCCGGGAGAUGAGCUUUGGACAAAGCAUCAGACGAACAGAGCACUCUGCACUUAAAGUCCUGAGAGAGCAACUGUUUACACACAAGUCAGAUCUCAUCAGUGCCUUUCAGGAAUACGAUAAGAAGAAAACAGGUCUCAUCUCUCUGAAUGACUGGAGCAGUGUCGUAGGACAGGUGCUACACCUAGAAUUGCCCUGGAGAUUGCUGCGCUCUCAGCUCCUCACCAACACCACCAAUGACAUGCUGGACUACCACAACUGGUUCCGUAACCUUGCUGUAAAGGAAACCAGCUGUGAGUACAUUGAGCAGACAUUGCUGGAGACUCUUUACAGGCACCGCUCCACUCUGGAGACCAUCUUCAGAAUAGUGGACACAGACAACUCAGGCCUCAUCUCUUUCGAAGACUUCUGUCAGACAUGGAAGCUGUUAAGUGCCUAUUUGAAAAUGGAGAUUUCCACUGAAGCCAUUAAUGACCUGGUGGUCAGCAUAGACAUGAACAAAGAUGGCUACAUAGACAUUGAUGAAUUCAUGGAGUCUUUUCGCUUAGUAGACAAGAACAUACGCAAACCAGAGGAACAGGACCUACCUCAGGAAGGAUAACAGACCUCAGAAGAAAAAGGCACAAUUCUUACAUCAAAAUAAAUGGUAACGGCUGUGGGUGUUUGCUUUAAUAAUAUUCAGACUGCACAAAGUGUGCACAUGACAUGGGUGACCCAUGAAUUGUGAUGAUGAUGACCUCCUGGAACAUUUGAAAGUGCCUUUUUCUUGAAUUCCUCUAAUAAUUUCAGGUGUUGUUAGGUCUUUGGUCUUGGAAUUUAGGAAUUGAGCCUUGGAGGUGUCAUUGAGGCAGGUUUCAAUGUUAAGCAUGUGCACAAGCUUAUUAGUGUGACAUUGUGAGAUUUCCAAACACAUUCUAACCAAUUUCUAAAUGUUGUGUAUGCACAAAAUGAAGACAUGGAAAGGUGUAUAUGUCAUCUUUACUUUUAGAAAGAAUCUGCUAGUUCUGAAGGAAACUGUCCUGGUGGUCCAGAACAUGAGUAAAAUGUAAAGUAAAAUAUCAAACUGGA